CACGUCAACCUCUCUGGAACAUUCUUCUUGAAAUAAAAAUUAAAGACGAACCAAUUUUUUAAACAAAAUUAGAGUAGGAUAGAUAAAAAAAGAAAAAGAGGUAUUUGUUAAUCGAUCAAAGAAAAAUUUAUUCGAAGUUUUUGAUUAUCUGCAGUUUUAUCAAUGGCGUCUAAUUUGUUCUUCCGAGCUUCUAUUAUGGCGUUAUUUUUAUCAAUGGCGGUUAUACCUUCUUCUUUCGCUUUCGUUUCUUCUCCCAAUGUUAAUCCUCCCUAUCCUAAAGCCUUAUCAGAUUUGAAGGAAGCUAUAAUGAAGGGAUUAGGGUUUCAAGCAGAGGAUUUUAGGAUAUCAGGGUUUGAUUCAAGGGACAUGUUGGUAGGGCAUUCUGUGGCAUAUGAAUUUGAUGUUGAAAUCAAUAAUAAGGUGCUCCCAAUGAAGCUUUUGGAGGAUGUGAAGAAAUGGGAAUAUGUUGAUAUGCCCAUUUUUCAGAUGGAAGAGCCUGUAAGGCCUGGAGAAGAGCAAGGAUUGAUUGCUAGGAAGAAGAUGAAAGAAAACAUGGGUCCUGUAUUGGCACCCUUUCAGCUUGCGGGUCCAAUGGAGCUUUGGAUUCAGGAUGCCAAUGAUAUGAAGAUCUCAUUGCCGCAUGAUGUGGAUGCUGGUGUAUUGAGGAAAGUAAUUCUUGCCGAAGGUGCUGUGGUUACCCUCACAGGUGCAAAAUCAGUAAGCUUGCGCCAGCCUCUUGAUCUUCCUCUACCCCUAAACCGAACUGAAAAUGGUUUUGCUUCCUGCCUUCUAAGUCUUGCACAGUACCUUCGUCGUGCAUCAGGCACCAAAGAAGCUCCCCUUCUUUCUCUUCGUGUAGUAGGCCCUACCUCUCUCACAUCUCUAUCUCCUUCUCCUUCCUCGCCCUCAUCGUCUAACCGCUUAAAGCUCAAACGGCUUGCACCUGGCCUAGUCGAAUUAUCUUCACCAUCCAAAAACAAACCAGUGGUAGAAUCCACCAAUGCACUUGACCUCCCAAGCAAAGUUCCCACUCUUCUAUCACCUGAACAGUUCACCACACUAUGGCCAAUAACCUCUUUGAAUGGUUCACAUUCAAAUUUGCUUGGUCUCGAAAGAUUAUUAUCUUCUGUCUUGGGUCCCAAAGCCAACAAAAAGGGUUCCUUCAGGCUAUUGAAGGCUGAUGUUUCUGCUCAGAAAUACCUAAAAAUUGGAUUCAAAGUCGAGAAGCAGCUCCGAGAAGGAGACAGAGCUAACUUGGAAGACCUUCCAGAAUGGAGGACAAAACCCGAGAAGGUUAAGCUGCAUUUCGAAGCCCUUGCCAAGGUCGAGGGGGAUAAAGUUGUACCCGAAAAAAUCACACAAAUUCAGCCUGUUAUAAUUGAAGAAUCAGUGGAUCAGAGUUUGCUGUUGGGCAAUGUUACAAUGUCCAAACUUCCAAUUGUCUAUCCACCAUCUAACCCUUUUACCUUGUAAUAAAUAAAACUCAAAUGUGGUAUUAUUUUUGAUCAUAUAUAUAUAUAUAUAUAUAUAUAUAUAUAUAUAUAUAUAUAUAUAUAUAUAUAUAUAUAUCAAUCUGCUGUAGAUAUAACAGAUU